UUGUUGUUGCUACCCUUUCCGGAUCCGUCUGUUCUCGUAAACAAGAGUUCGAGCGGUCGGACAGAGGUACGUCGGUGACGUCACCAGGUGUCAGAGUGGUCAGCUCCACUCGCCGUCUCCUGUGUUAUUCUGUGACACGGUAGGACGGGACUGGAGUGUGUCACACGCAGACUCUGACAGGUGGAGCCCACUAGUCCGACUGGUUCUCGCUGCCUUUCUUUUCACUCACCGUGGAGGUGAUGUAGAGGAGUUACCAUGAAGACUCUCGCUGCCGCCGCGCUGCUCGUUCUCUCCUUCUGUGCCACAGUUUCAGGAGACGAGGACACCGAGACGGCGGUGACAGCGCAGCCUGGCGACGUUGCUCUACUUCCGUGUUACACCGCUGGUAAUGUAACACCGUCCUUAACUACUUGGAUAAAAGAUGGACGGGAGAUAGUUCGAGGCGGUGGAGACUCCACACCGAGCCCCUCGGCCGGGACUCAGAGGCUCGCGGUGCUGCAGGACGGUCGUCUCAACAUCACCCAGGUGGUGCGCGGGGACGAGGGAAUCUACCUGUGCACCAUCCUCCUACCUGGGAACAAUAUCUACCACGGACGGGUGCAGCUUCAAGUGACCAGUGGUCCAGAAAAUGUCUCUCUGUCCAUCACAACUGCCACCCCACUGUCCAAUGGGACGCUCAUUGUGUUCCGGGGUUCCACCGUCUCCUUCAACUGCUCCGCCUCCUCUUACCCGUCUCAGCAUCUGACCUGGGGUUUCAGUGGCGCAUCGCCGCCCAACGACACGCUGCUCACAGGGCUGGGACCCUGGCUGGAGUACAGGAUAGAAAACGUCCAACCAGGUGCUCAGGGAGUCUACAGCUGCACCGCCCACAACACCGUCUCCAAUCAGACGGUGAAAAAGAGCACGGAGCUGCUGGUCUACUAUGCCCCGGACAGACACCCUGAGUGUAUGUGGACACCGGCGCAGGACCCCUCCCACAUCUACUUCAACUGCACCUGGUUUGGAGCCUAUCCCACACCAACACUGCGCUGGGGAGAAAACCAUGACCAGCAGCAGUGGCACGAAGGACACCUGUACGCCACCGAGGAGACGGACCGUCUCUCCAUGAUUUUGAACCGCACCCUGCUUUCAGACGGUCAAACGCUGACCUGCAUAGGUCAGCACUUGGCCCGGGUGCCAGGACAUGAGAACUCCUGUUCAUUCACUCUCAAGCCCCCGUUCCCAGAAGGGGAGCCCAUAGCCACAGCAGUGGAGCGGGACAGCAUCACUCUGACCUGCUCCGAGAACAUCUCUGUGCCUCCAGCCAGCACCACCUGGAGAAAAGGCCUGCAGCAGGAGGUCAUCAUUCCUGGACCAAAGUACAUCCUGUCUGAAGAGGGGCCUGUUCUCACACUGACCAUCGUCAACGUCAGCAAGGAGGACGAAGGAUUCUACUUCUGCCGCAGUGAGAACCCCCUCAACGUCACUGAGCUGGAAGUCUACCUGACUGUGAAAACCUCCUCCACCUACACAGGGGUCAUCAUCGGCGUCUUUAUAGCCGCUCUGAUCGUGGGGUCGACCAUCAUCAUCGCCAAAACGGUGUACAAUAACAGACACAGGAUCUGCUUAGGUGGCGGCUUUGGGCAAAUGGAAGACACAGGUGACGUUCUGGAUCUGGUAGAAUCUGACGACGAGCAGAUCUUUCAUGACACUGUUCCUCGGUUGCCUCCAUUACCUAACGGCAACCAUACAACGCUCGUCCAGAUACACCGGAUCCCCUCCAAUGAAUAUGAAGAUUCUGAAAGCGUGGACACCAGUGCACAACAAGAAGACACCGUACAGACGGACGAGCCGGAGGAACUGGUCACAUUUUAGCCAUUAAAAAAAAAAAGAAAAGUUUUUAAUUAUUAUUGUUUAGUGUAAAUAUAAUUUACUCCCAAUGUGAAUGUGAACUGAAGACAUGUAGAAAUUAUUUCUUUUAAUGUAUCCUUUUUUUAAAGCUGGGGUUUUGAAUAUUUGUAAUUUUUUCUAAUAUUUGUUGUACAGGAAUUUAAAAUGUUUGUACUUUACGUCCCUGCAGCCAAUGAAGUUGUUUAAUAAAAGUAUGAUUAUUGCUG